AUGCACGACCUCCUGAUGGUCUGGCAACUCACGGCCUUGGCCUCGGGCCUACUAUCGAGCGGAGCCAUGAUCUUCUUCUUCAUCAAGUAUCCUAGUUCGAGGGUGCAUCCGGGUAUGGUGCUAAUGAGCAUCUUCAUGAGUGUGAGCAUUGCAAGCAUCAUGCGCGUAGGACUGCACGCCUGGUUUGUUCUCCUAGAUCCGGACAAUGUCGGAGGAUCAGUGCCUGCUACCCUUAGCAGGAUAGCUAACGAGGAGCUGGGCCAUGACGCAGGGAACUUGGAAUCCUAUGUACCCUUUUUCUUCUGGUGCUACUUCUUCUUCAGCACUUCUGCGACGCUGUGGUAUCUCAUGCUGGCACUCGAUCUAAUUUUUUCGCUCUCGAAUCCGUUCCUGCCAUUCAACGCCGACAAUGUCAAGCACCACAUCUACGCCUGGCCAGGUUCGCUGAUCUACUGUCUCAUUUUCCGCUACGUUUUUGGGAAACUCCACGAGAACACAACUGCAAACGUUGUGCUGUACUUCGACUUGCCGGCGUAUUUGGUGCUAGUCUACAUCGGUUUUGCACUUAUUCAGUCCUGGCGCCGCUCUCGAAUACUUGAAACACACGCACAUGCCACCACGAGACGGAUGGCGAAGCGGAUUCUACCUUACUUGGGUGUAUUUGUCGUCCAUACGCUAGUGGCCUUGGUUAUCUAUCUAAUGCAGUUAGGUUCAGCGUUUGGUCGAUUGACACCCAACGCACUAGACCAGUUUUCGCUCGUGCUUGAGACCUUAACAUUGUUUGCGUUAUUCUGUCGCGACGCUGGGGUCUUCAGCGCCCCGAUGGAGCAAUAUGAAGACGAAACCGAAAGAGGUGACAGCAACUACAGCAAUCCAUCGCGAACCACCAUUUCACAGAUUGAAGCUGGAGGUGUGCUUAUGACUUCAUCAUCAAGAGGUGUUGCUUCUGCGCAUAACAACAACAACCAAAGAGAAAAGAUUGACGUAUCAAACAAACUUCGUAUGGAUGUGAUGCGAUACAUGUCGUUGGGCAUUAUGAAGUCCAUUGAAAUAGCACAGAUCGUCGAAAAGAAGGCAACAGGGAUCAGCUCAAGUGCCGAAUUCACAGGAUCGGACACCGAGGCUGUCGGAUGGAAUGAUGGCGACUACUACUCGAGCAUUAGUUACAAUGACUAUAACUACGUGAAGAGCAUGGGUGUCGUCGUCUAUGGUCUAAAGAACAGCACGAUGCUCAACUUUCGUGACUGCGCACCGAAGGUCUUCCAUCAAAUUCGCGCGCAGUUCAAGAUUGAUCAGGAUUUUUACAGGGAAUCGUUCGAUCCAUCUCGCAUUCUCAGUGAACACGGCUCGGAAGGGAAGAGUGGCAACAUUUUCUACUUUACAGCGAACAAACAGUUCAUGGUGAAAAGUGUACCGAAGGAGGAGUUCAAUACGUUACGAGCCAUCUUGCCACACUACCACCAGUACCUGCAGUCAAACCCACAGUCGACGCUGUGUCGCUACUUUGGUUGUCACUCAAUCUCGUUGCCCAUCGGCAAACGUCGUAUGUACUUUGUGGUGAUGCAAAAUCUCUUCAGCGAGGGCCCAGUUCACCAACGGUUUGACCUCAAAGGAAAUCGUGAUCGACGGCAGGCAGUAAGCGCAACCGACAUGGAGGGCCUCAUCCAGGUUGCCAAGGAUAAGCAGGCCAUCAGCCAGCUUUUGAUGGACAUUGAUUUUCUCACAAUCAGCUCGGGUAUGUCUUUGUCGUAUGCGAACACGGUCGUGCAGCAAGAUCAAUUGUGCAGUGACUUUGUAUUCCUUGCCAGCCGGGGUAUCAUCGAUUAUAGCAUUCUACUUGGUGUUCGAUACGAUACCCCCGCACAACGCAGGCCACAUGAAAAUGGUCUAUUGUCUCACGAUAAGAACGAAGUCUACUACGUUGGUAUUGUCGACAUGUUGCAGCGAUACAAUUGGCGCUGGACUGUGCAGCGUUGGUUCCUGGGCUAUUUGCUCUGCAAGGAUACUCACGAUGUAAGUGCUGUACCUGCCGACGAAUAUGCUACUCGACUAGCCAAUUUCGUGCGCGAGAAGCUGUUUGAUAUCCAGGAUUCACCAACUUUCCAGAACGAUCGUACGGAAUAUCUUCAAAGCGAUCACACGGGCGAUAGCGGCUAUAGUUGUGAGUCUUCUCGGGACCCGAGCUUAUCAUCGGCCUCCCCCACGUCACUAAGUGUUAGUAUGCUAGAGUCCAGCGACAGGUGUUUGAUUGACAGGCAGCAUUUGUCUGUUUUCUCAACUGAUUCACUGGAUACUGGAGAUCGGGAGCCAUUGUCAUUGUACUCGUCUCCUUCGAUGGCGUAUUCGUCCGUGUGUGAAAGUCCAGUAGGAGUAUCGACUCUAUCAGGAUCACUCAAAACUACCAUCUUCUUUGUCUGA